CCUUCCAAGGAGACAAAGAGAAAGAAGAAGCGCUUAGUCAAUUUUCCACUGCUUGGUCAUGGGAAACUUGGUGUCUACAGUUGGCGAAGACCUUGGUGAAGGCGCGACGAACCAGCUGCUGACAAGUACGAGCAACGAACGAGAGGAGGAGGUGGACUUGUCUUCAAGUGAAAGACAUGGCGACAUCUCGAGAGUGAUCGAUGGUAACAAGGAGACAGCACAGGCAGGUCACAGAGCAUCCCGACAGACGUCACCGAUACCUGCCCCCGCGGGAAUAUGGGUACCUGCCAUGACAGAGAAAGCGGCGAGCACGACGGGACGGGGACUGACGGUGCGGCGCUCCAGUGGAAGCCUGCACAGCCGCCGUUCAUCGGCUCCUGUGCCUGCAUUGGCGACCAGUUACUUGAAGCGCCAUUCGGCGAUGGAGUGCACGGCAAUGGCGGCAGAAGCUCGCAGGCGCGCCUCCUCCCCUACGAGUCCGCCUUCUCCUUCGCCGAUGCCAGGGCGCCUGUCACCGGCUUCGCCAUCGGACGAGCAGCGCAUGUUGCCUGCCCGAAGGCUUCGCCUUCCCGCGUCAGCACCAGAGGUCUACCGUCGAAGCAAGGAACAAGACGACGAACGGCUCGUGCUGCCGGUGGACACUGUCGUCAACACUGUCGUGCCUCCCCAGCGCCUAAGCGCGGUCCGACGCCUGUCCCACUUGAAGCGCAGCUUGCUCUUGUCUGGCGUCACCCUCAGCUUGACCAGCACAAUCCUGCUGGUGCUCACGUGGAAGCUUCUACAGGAACCCCUCGGAGACGACCUGGCACAAAAUGUGUCCCACAUGGCGCUCAGUCUGCUUCCCGCCGACGGUGUGCUUCGACAGGCCGUCACUCGCGUCGGCAGCUUGUCAGUGGGCGAUAACGAAAGCGCAAGCGCCGACGAGGCGACGCCGUCUCAACCGAGCGUUGGCGGCGUAGCGCCGCUGUUUUAGGAACUGCUCGGUUUCCGAUUUCCGAUUUGGCUGUUUUGGCUGCCUGAUGCCGACUUCCUAGGUGCACCUCGUUUUCAUGCUUUCAAUGAGCUCUUUGAGAUUUAUAAUAAAAUUGAUAAUGUGUAA